AUGACAACGUUUCGCGCCGCAUUCAAAAAAUCCCAGCUUUUUCCCAAAUCACUCGCCACUCAAACUGUGAAUUUAUCUACCGCUCUUACAAAACAAUCAAAAUCUUUCGUGGGCAUUGCAGAAAAUUUUAAACGUAGUACCACAUUCUCUGGUAAUUACAUUUCUGUGCUCUCUGAUCAUUUAAAGAACCAAAGAUUGCACGAAGCACGAGCCCUUUUUGAUAAAAUUCCGUCUCCUGAUGUCCGUUUGUUGACAAAAAUGAUUUCUUGCUAUGUAGAAAAUUGUAGACUGGAAGAAGCAUUGAAACUGUUUGAUAAAAUGCCUGUUAAAGACACAGUCUUGUGGAAUUUAAUGAUAAAGGGGUGUAUAGAUUAUGGGAAUUUGGAGUUGGGUUUGAGGCUUUUCAGUGAAAUGCCCGAAAAGAAUGUGAUUUCUUGGACUACGGUGAUGAACGGGUUAUUAAAGUUUGGGAGGGUCGAAGAGGCUGAGGGGUUGUUUGAGGAGAUGCCAGCGAGGGAUAUAGCAGCAUGGAACACGAUGGUUCAUGGGUAUUUUGAGAAUGGCAGAAUGGAGGAGGCUUUGAAGUUGUUUGAUGUUAUGCCUAAUAGGAAUGUGAUCUCAUGGACUUCAAUAAUUAGUGGGCUAGAUCAACAUGGAAGGAGUUCUGAGGCUUUAUCAAUUUUUUGGAAGAUGGUGGGGCUGGGGAUGAGGCCUACUUCAAGUACUUUUGCAUGUGCGAUAACAGCUUGUGCUAAUGUUGGGGAAUUAUGCCUAGGUAGUCAAGUUCAUGGGCAUGUUAUGAAGCUUGGUUGUGUUUUUGAUGUGUAUGUUAUUGCUUCACUAAUUACUCUUUAUGCAAACUGCAAAGAGAUGAAUAAUUCCUUUAAGGUUUUUGAUGAGAAGUUGUACAUGAAUGUGGUUACAUGGACAUCUCUUUUGACGGGAUAUGGUGUUAACAGUAAGCAUGAAGAUGCAUUGAAAGUUUUUGGUGAUAUGAUUAGAAUGGGAGUUAUUCCUAACCAAUCUUCUUUCACCAGUGCCUUGAACUCGUGCUGUGAAAUGAAGGCCAUUGACUGGGGCAAGGAGAUUCAUGGUGCAGCCAUCAAGCUAGGGUUUGAGAGAGACGUCUAUGUGGGAAAUACUCUUGUUCUUUUGUAUACUGCUUGCGGAAAUAUCAGCAAUGGAUUGAGCAAAUUCAAUGAAAUUGCUGAGAAGAAUAUUGUGUCCUGGAACACAAUUAUUGUUGGAUGUAGGACACCAAAAGGAAGAACGCUUUGUUACCAGAGUAACAGAGUUGACCCAGAUGCCAGAAUGUCUCGAAUUGAGGAGGCCAUAGAGAAACUCUAUGCCAGCAACCAACUUGCAAAUCUCUUGGACCAACUUAGUUUUUUUUGCAAUGAAAGAUUGGUAAAAAUGGCACUUGUUGCCCACUUCCCGAAUUCAAGUUUGAUGAACAAAGACAAGCGCUGUAGGCCAAUUCUGUUUAACUCAGAAGGCUCGGGAUCAGGUAUUAUCAUCCAGGAACAUCCUCCGUCCAGUAGCUUGAACACACAAGUCAGCCAACCAAAUGGAUCGAGCCCUGAGAAUUCCCUGGGAAGCAUGAGAGAACCCAAACAGGAGCACGUUGUGCUACUAGCUGUCCCGUAUAUCUGA